UCACUUACCACACAACUUCAUUUUUCAAAGUCAAAUUAAUAAACACAAAAGAACACACCAAUAAUUUCAAAAAGAUGCCCAUGUUUUGCACCCGUGUACACCAAAAGCUUUGCCAGGGCUUUUCCCGUGUGCAAUUAUUCACUAAAGUGCGUUAAAACAAAGGCAGGAAUCCAGUUAAAAGUUCCAAAAUGUAUGCUGUGGUUGUUCUUCAUUAACUCAUUUUGGUGCACAGCACAAUGAUAAGUAGUUAAGUACUGACAUGAAUGCCAAAGUGCAUGCCCCCAGACAUAUCUUUUUCAUAAACCCAUUUUUCUUGCAUGGGAAAUCGCUAGUGUUACACAAAGUUCCAAAAUAGGCUCUUUAAUUCACAGACCAUCUUUCCCAUAGAUCAAAAAAGUGAGUCCAAGUCUACUAUGAAAGUGAAAAACCCAUUACCUCAUUGUAUUAAGGUUUUGAACAAUUAAUUAUGUCAGUUCCUUACAUGAUUAGGCUCGUAUAUCAUUUGGUACUGUGUCUCCCAAUAAAACUCAUCUUCGAUAACAACAAGUACCCAUAAUAUCAGACUCAAAUACUUUUGUUACUACUGCCAGGAGAUUCCCAAAUAUUAAUAUCAUGCAACAAUCCCCUUCUGCUUAAAAUGGCAACAAUAAAACAUUGGUUUUUGUUAGAAAGUAAUCAAAUGAAUGGUUACAAUCAUUAUGUAAUAUGUUGAUUCUAGCUUCCCAUUGUGCAAGACUUCAUCAUGCCAACGGCACUAAGCAAGUAACCAACCUGCAGUGCGACACGGUGAAGUUUUUGGACACUUGUCUGCAUUAUUAAUUUCUUGAGGAAACAAAAUAAUUUAAAUCAUGUCAUGCUAGUUACCAUUAGCAGCAAAAGAAGUAUAAAAGUAGCAAUCCCAAUUAGAAAUAAGCUACAAUUUUAUGUUGGGUGGGUCAGUGCUUCUCCCCGUAAGAAAAUCAAUGAGGUCCUAAUUUUACAUUCGGAUGCCUGCAGACAAACUCCUUCAAUAAUGACAAGACAUGAAAUAAAAAAUAAAAAGCAACAAGAUUAGAAUACCACUAAUUCCAGGAUACUACUGCUUUUAGAAUAAAUCAUUCUUUGCACUUUCAAAAGAGGUACUAUACCACUCUUCAUUUUUCCAUAAUAAAAGCUCUGCAACCAUUAGCUGGUAUCCCCUCAUAAGAAGAAGUCCAAAAUAGAAGAGUAGUACUGAAACUGAGAAGUAACAAUGGCUACAACACUCUUAGCAUGUGACCCUGCAGAUGAUGAUUACAUUGACAUGGAAGUCAACUCAUACUCCAACUUCUUCUGCCAUUCUCAAUCUUAUCCACAGCCUAGAGAAUUUGAGUUUCAAAUGUCUUCCAUUGUUCAAGAGAAAGAACCAACAACCUCCCCAGCUGAUGAGCUUUUCUACAAAGGAAAACUCCUCCCUCUUCACCUCCCCCCUCGGUUACAAAUGGUUGAAAAACUCCUUGAAAACUCAACCUCUCCUUUCCACAAAGAAAAUGAUAUCUUUGAGGAGUUCUUUAGCACUCCUCUAGCCACUACCUACACAACACCAAUUGCAGGCACCCCAUUUGAAUCCUGCAACAUCUCUCCAUCAGAUUCUUGCCAAGUUAGCAGAGAAUUAAACCCUGAAGAGUAUUACAACCUUGCCUACCCAACAGACACGAGUGGUGGAUUUGUUGUUCAAAACCAGAAGAAGUCUUGGACAAAGAAACUGAAGCAGUCUUCACUAGGUUCCAAGUUGAAGGCUUCAAGGGCUUAUCUCAAAUCUUGGUUUGGAAAAUCUGGUUGCUCAUAUGAAACCUAUGCAACCUCAACCAAAGUUGCAGAUGAAGGAUCGGUUUCAAAGGCCAGGGAAAUUUUAAAUAUGAAUGUGCAAGUGGCAAAGAAGAACCCAUAUGGCCAAAUUCACAGGGACAGAUAUCAGUCCUCUAAUUCUGUCAUGAGAAGCUACAAAGAGAAGACAAGUGAGGAUGGAAGUAACCACCACAGAAGGUCUUUCUCGGUCGGCAUAAAAAUUCUUCCAGGGAACAAGUCAUCAUCAUCAUCGUCAUCGUCAUCAUCUUCAUUUCUGUCUGGCUCAACUUCAUUUUCAUUUUCAAACAAAUCAUAUGGAUGCCAGGCUCGCCAGCUACUGAAAAGAUGCAGCAGUGCAAAUUCAGAGAUAGAAAAUUCAAUCCAGGGAGCAAUUGCACACUGCAAGAAGUCUCAGCAAGUGUUCUCUUCAAAGAAGACUGCAAGCGAAGCAGGACUCUACUCGGUGUCUGCAUCAUCAAGAACCUCAGUUUGUGAGGAUCAUGAGAGGGUAGAGCUUUGGAGGGGCUGAUGGGAAUUGAAGAGUAGUUUUGCUUAUUUUGUAUUCUUCACACAUUGUCUUUCAAUUCAAAAGUAACUUUGGUGAAAGAUAGCUUCAUUCACCAGCACUAAUUUUAGAAACACUCAUGGUUAUCAUGAUGAUGACUACAGAAUGAGAUUCUUCUGAAAAUAAAAUUCCAACUUUGUGCUAUCAUCUUCCAAGCCAAAAACUUUCCCCCCAUAUUUCAAGAAUCACUUGGUGAUCGAAACAACCUAAACAGUGACAAAUUUAUUUUAAUGUCUUUCUGAAAUUUGGACCCUGUCAACUGAAAAACUGAUUUGAUCAAUUAUUGCACUAUGAUAGGCAUCUAUAUGCAUACAUCAAGCAUUUUCAUAUGGAUCUCAAUACAUAAGGAACAGUGAAAAGAAGAGUAGAUUAAAAGUUUAUCUUCUACUAGAAAUCUCAUUGCUUGUAAAUGCUGUCAACUAGAAUGGUGACAAUGCAACAAGCACUAUAAAUGUUUGAUACUUGAUAUUAAGAAAUUGAUUCUGUUUUGUUUUAUCAAUCAUGAGAAAGAAAUGAUUAAUGCAGGCACAGUACAGACAUAAUGAAUGUAAGAGUAAUGUGGACAUCAAAACCUAAUUGUUGAAGUGGAAAGCAUAAUAAUAUGUACAAAUAUUAAAUUGAGAGAACAGGUACAUUGCAAGAUCUUCUGAAAAAGAAAAAGUUGGACAUACAAAACAAAUGAGAAAGUUAGAGGAAUCUACUAAUGCAAUCCCAGGCUCUCACUGACAGACAAGGUAGAGAAUAGUGAGUACAAGUCCCACGUUAAAUAGAAAUAAAAAAGUAAAGUACUAUAUAAAGGUGAAAGAUCCAUUAACCUGUUGUCUUAAGGUUUUGGAUAGAGAAUAGUGUCAAUCUUUUGUAUUAUUGAACUCGGAUCUCAUUGGUGUUUGUAUUUUUCAGGUGGACCUCCUUCUUAAUAGACGCAACAAAACAAUAGUAGUAAUCCUUCUUGAUAGACCCAACAAAACAAUACUAGUAACUCAGUUGUGUUCAAAUGAUGGCAAGAAAUAAAGAACACCAAUCUUUUCAUGUCAUUUGCCACUGAAUUGUAAUUGCUUAUCUGUCAGCUUUGAUCAUCUAAUUCUCCAUUAAUUUUAUGAGGUUUCCUUAAUGAAUAAAUAAAUGUGAUUGCCAUACUGCAAUUUUUGUAAUAAAUAAAUGUCUUUUAAAAUUAAAAUACAUGUUUCUUAGGUCCUUUAUAAAUUCUAUUAUCAGAAACCAAGAGGGUCACAAUCAUUAUGAUUGUUGAAGCCCACAUGUCUUCGUCCCUUGGCUACUACUCUAAGACAUUUACUGGCUUCUAGUUUCUCUGUGAAGAAAAUUUCUUGACCAUUAAAGUAAGCUUAUUCUAUUAUAAUGCAAAAAGCUUGUCAGAGCAACUGAGAAAGAAGAAAAAAGAAGAGUUAGGAGGAAGUGAACUUCAUACGUACAAGAAUAUGUUAAAAUAUUCACACUUGAAGUAUAAAAGGAUCCUUCAGUGCAGACAAGGUGACAAACAGCUUUUCAGGUGGUUCUAUUCUGAUUUCUUUAAGUUAUCAGAUGUUUGGCAACUU